AUGGUCAAGGCUGUUGCUGUCGUCCGUGGUGACUCCAAGGUCUCCGGCUCCGUUGUCUUCGAGCAGGAGACCGAGAACGGUCCCACUACCAUCACCUGGGACAUCACUGGCCAUGAUGCCAAUGCCAAGCGUGGCAUGCACAUCCACACCUUUGGUGACAACACCAACGGCUGCACCUCCGCCGGCCCUCACUUCAACCCCCAUGGCAAGACCCACGGCAACCGGACCGACGAGAACCGCCAUGUUGGUGACUUGGGCAACAUUGAGACCGAUGCCCAGGGCAACUCCAAGGGCACCGUGACCGACAACCUCAUCAAGCUCAUUGGCCCCGAGAGCGUCAUUGGCCGCACCGUCGUCGUCCACGCCGGCACUGACGAUCUUGGCAAGGGUGACACCGAGGAGUCCCUCAAGACUGGCAACGCUGGUGCCCGCCCUGCCUGCGGUGUCAUUGGUAUCUCUGCUUAA